AGUGGGUUUUGGUGUCUGUGGAUUAAUUAAUCGUCUCAUUAAUUCCUUCAUUCAGAAACAGAAGAGGUUCCUUUUUUUAUUGAAGCACAGACAUAGUUUUUACAAAGUGGACCAGGACAUCUGUCAAACUCACGGUUCUUCUUGUCAAAUAUGAGGCAUUAACUCUUGGACAAAAAAACCCCAGUAUCUUCGUCAUCUGCUGCCGGAGACAGAGACUUCCUGUCCUUGAGAAUAGUGUCACCUUUUUAUAAAAAGAAAAAAAAAAAAAAAAUCCCACCAUCCCUUGGGGGACGGAGUUGAAUUCAGCUGGACUGAAGUGCGCAUUGCGUAAUUGGAUAGAAAUGCACUUGUCUAUUAAAUGCACAUAAUGUUAACAUCUAUCUCCAAUAGAAGAGGAUUUACGCACUUUGUAUGUUGCAAACACAGCAUCACCAAGCAUGAAAGUGUCUAAUAUCCUUGGGAAAGGUCGACAUCAGAUGCUGGUGGCGCUCUGUUGGCUGGUUUUGGAUCUCAGUGAAGCAGCCUCCAGAUGUGUGGACCGUGCAUGUAGUCCACCCAUAGGGAACUUGGCGAGUGGCAGGACCCUCUUCACCCUGUCAGGCUGCUGUGGGAACACCUCCCUCCACCAUAACCUUUGCCCUUGUCCUGCUGCGGCCUCCCACACCUGCUCGGAGGACCCCCAUCCUCCUGCUCAUAUGACCGAUGACCCUUUUUUGCAUCCGGAUACCUGGUGGUCCUCAGGUGCCUGUACCAUCAUGCAGCAAGAUGAGAUCCAGUUGGACCUGGAGACACAGUUCUGUCUGUCCCAUGUGGUUUUGUUGUUCAGGUCACCCCGUCCUGCUGCAAUGGCCAUUGAGCGCUCAGCUGACUUUGGAAAGACGUGGGAAGUGCUCAAGCUCUUUGCACACAACUGCAGCAUGGAGUUUGGUUUGCCUGAUGAUUUUAAUCAGCCAGGAUCCUUGUGUACAUCCCGCUAUACAAGUGCUGCACCCUGCAGUGGAGGCGAGGUAAUAUUACGGACAUUAGAGCCCAGCAGCAUUAAAAUACUGGACCCCUACAGUCCAGAAGCUCUGGCCCGUCUGACUCUCACAAACCUCCGGAUCAGACUGAUCAAAGCUCAGACCUGCUCGGCUCCUCUUAAACUCACAGACAUCAAGACCUACACAUCUGCCACAGAAAGUCCUGCCUCAGCACCGUAUGCUGUUUAUACUUUAUUGGCCAGAGGGACGUGCUUGUGCCACGGACAUGCAGAGCAUUGUGUACCAUAUAACAGCAGCCAAGACACGCAAGAGGACAGUAAUAUGGUGUCUGCGAGGUGUGUGUGUACUCACCACACGGCGGGGGAUCACUGUGAGAAGUGUGCCCCGCUCUACAACGAUCGCCCCUGGAGGCCGGCCAACGGCAGCAGCGGGGAGCCCAACCCAUGCCAGAAGUGUGAGUGCCACGGUCACGCUGACAGCUGCCACUUCUCCCAUCGGGCAUGGCUCUCCUCUAACGGCACCAGCGGGGGCGUUUGUGACAACUGCCAACACAAUACUGCCGGCCGAAGGUGCCAGCGCUGCCGCCACGGAUACCGCCGCCACCCGUCCCUGCCUCUGAACUCAGCCUUCACCUGCACACGCUGCCACUGUGAUCCACGGGGCUCCUUGCCUUCCCGUGCUGCAGAGGGGGGGUCCUGGUGCCACCCCAGGACCGGCCAGUGCCACUGCAGAGCCGGUGUAGGUGGUACAAGCUGCAGCCACUGCCUGCCUGGAUACUGGGGCUUCGGAGAGCAGGGCUGCAGGGCCUGUUCCUGCCCCCACAGCUGCGACCCCACCACCGGGCAGUGUCAAGACAGCUACACCAACAAUCAGGUGUUUAAUGUUCCCAUUGGUGGGAAAAUCCCUGAUCUGGAUCAUAUGUUCCCACUUGAAGAGGAGGUUCCAUGGUCAAAGGAGCUGGCGGUCUCAGCCCUGCAUUACACAGGAAAAUGCAGCUGUAAAGAGAAAAGGCUGAGAAGUGUGUCGGAUCUCUGCAAGACCAAACAUGACUAUGUGAUCAAGGCCAGUGUAUUGUCGGCUCAUGACAAAGGCAGUCACGCAGAAGUGCAGGUAAAAGUUCGCAAAGUCCUGAAAUCAGUCCAGGUGGUGCUGGAUUUAGGGACCAUUAGCAUCUACCCUCUGUCCUGGACCAGUCGAGGCUGCACGUGUCCAAUCCUAAACCCUGGUAUGGAAUACCUCCUGGCAGGUCCAGAGGAGGCGGGGACAGGCCGUCUGUUGGUCACCAUGCAAAGUGUAGUCGUCCCCUGGACACCGCGACUCGGUCUACUUAUAUCUGACGCCCUAAGAAAUGGAUGUCCAUGAUCCAAACACACCAUGGGCACCCAGGAAGAGUCAGUGGAUUAUUCAGAAAAAGGACUGAAACUUAUUGGACCUCAUGUUAAUGUCAAGAGGAAAAUGAUCCAGGAGUCAAACUCAAAACCAAUUGACUCCACAAAACUGCAGCAAAAUGUCACAAUCACUGUGUAACACACAGUAAGGACUGAAACAAAUGAAAAGAACAGACUGCAGUUCAAGUAUGAUGUAUUACACGCUGUUUAUCUGUAUGCAUAUUUGCUUUUAUGUUAAAACAUAUUUGUUACCCAGUACCCGUGGGGCUCUGGUUACAUGUCUGUAAAAGACCAGAAUGUAUUUUUUCAUUAGCAAAGCCUGAACUUCUCUGAAGACAAAUGUUCUGUAAUUUAACAUGUAUGACAUUGUAAAGGCUGUAAAAUAUGAUUAAGUCUUAAUGUCAGUUAAGACUAAUACAGAUUAAUAUUUAAUUCAUAUAAUCACGGACAUUUUGAGGCCUCUUCAGUGAGUGACGUUCAUAUAAAAGUUUUCACACUUUGAACAGAAAGAUCAAAUGUCAACGGUCUCAUUAAUAUUUUAAUUUGAAAUAUUUGAGAGAAAAUGUAAAGUCCUUUAAGGCCUGAACGACAUUAAACACCGACCACAGCUUCCAACCAAAGAUUUAACAGUACUGAAACAAAAAAAU